UUACUGACGUAAACGGAAUAGUAUACGCCCACUAAAGACAAAAAGAGGCAUUUUCACUGUUGAUUUUGGCUUUUAAAAAGUCUUCAGAGUCUGCAAUAGCUAUUUCAUUCAGAAAGAGAAAAACGAGAAAGAAAUUGCUCCAUUCAAAGUAAAGAGUUGCCAUGGAAGCCACAGAAACUCAAGCAGACCAUGGGAUACAAGUCACCUCUCCUGAAGAACCUGUUGUCAUGGUAACAUCAAGUGAAGCCCCGCCCAUCUCACUCACCGCGGUAUCCACAGAGGUUCAGACGUCUCCGCCCGUGACGACCAUAAGUGCAUCGGCACUCGUAGAGAUAUUAAACUCUGUGGCAACAGCAAUUGUACCAGGAGAUGGAGGGGCAGGAGCGAACCUACAACUCCAGUUCCAAUUAACGCCCGCCACUAAUAUCGAGGUAGUUGGUUGCAUGCAAGAAAUCUCUGAUCAAGCGUCUGGAGGAGGGAGGGUUGAAGGGCAGAUAAAAGGGAAAGGUCAAAGUUCAAAGAAACAGACUGGAGGGAGGGGCAAUCAUGGGAAGCUUAAAGACAAGCAGCCAUGGCAUUAUCACUUAGGUGGUGUGAGACACUGUAGGGUUCCGCUAUCUCCGGAGAUAAAAGAAGCCUUAGAAGUAGCUUAUGUGAGCAGAAUAAUGUCAAAGAACUUUCGUAAAGAAGGACAGCCGGAGAAAGAGAGAAUAGCACAACUGACUGGGCUGGAACUGGAUAAAGUACAAGAAUGGUUUAAGAAUCGUCGUAAAAAGGACAAGCUCGUCCAGUCUCGGGUCAAUAGUCAUGGGACACCUAAAGGAAAACGAGGCCGGAAAUUACUCCUCCCUCACUCUGUGACUCGCUCUCUCAAAAAUACACCACCCAAUGCAACAUCAGGCUCUCUUCUUAGCCAGUACAAUCAAGUUGAUAAAGAAGACUGACCCCAAGGACUGCAUUAUUAUUAUGUUCAACAAACUUUUCUAAAGUUGCACGCCAUGCAUAUUCUCACGUCCAUUUUUAAUCAUUGGUUGAGGGCGGAGUCUAGCAAAUUAGGCCCCUCCCCUUUUCUUCACUUAAA